UUUUAUUUAUAUUUUUAAAAUAAAAUUGAUAGGCUAUAAAAUAAAAAUAAAUGUUACCUGUCAAUUCUCAGUUUAGUUACACCGUGGUUGGUUUCCAUCUAUUCAUUAAAAAUGCGAGAAUUCUUACUUUUUGUUUUAUUUAAGGUUUAUUUAGUGCAAUCAGAGCUGACCCCAUCUCGUUCCUUCAUUAUAGAUUAUGAAAAUAAUCAGUUUUUGAAAGAUGGACAACCUUUCAGAUAUAUAUCUGGGACCAUGCAUUACUUUAGAGUUCCUAAUGAGUAUUGGGAAGACAGGUUGCUCAAGCUCAAAUAUCUUGGACUUGAUACUGUUCAAACAUACAUAGCUUGGAAUUUUCACGAAACCUUUCAAGGCGUUUACAAUUUUACCGGUGACCACGAUAUUUUCAAAUUUUUGGAAACAGCUCAAAAAGUCGGCUUAAACGUGAUAUUGAGACCUGGCCCUUACAUCGACGCUGAAUGGGAUUUCGGUGGGCUGCCAUAUUGGUUGCUCAAAGACGAAAAGUUCCUUAAACAAAAUACGGCUCGAAGUUCUGACUCGAGUUAUAUGUCUCACGUUGUAUCCUGGUUCAAUUAUAUACUUCCGCAAUUAAACCCUUAUUUGUACAAAAAUGGAGGACCUAUCAUCUCUGUUCAAGUGGAGAACGAGUAUGGUAGUUACUUCGCUUGUGAUAUGGUCUAUUUGCAAACACUGGUAAAUCUACUCAAAGAACAUUUGGGGGAAGACAUUUUUCUUUUUACGACCGAUGGUAAUGGAUUAGGUUAUCUCAAGUGCGGCAAAAUACCUGGGGUUUAUGCUACCAUUGAUUUUGGAAGCGGUUCGGAUGUUGAAGCCUCUUUCAAAGUCCAAAGGCAGGUCGAACCCAAGGGACCUCUUAUAAACAGCGAGUACUAUACCGGUUGGAUUGAUCAUUGGGGCUACCCGCACUCUCUAGUGGAUCAUGCCAGGGUCACCAAGACUUUGAAGGCCAUGUUGGAUUCUGCCAAUUCAACUUGCGUUAACCUGUAUGUCGUAGAGGGAGGAACAUCUUUCGCCUUUUACAACGGAGCUAAUAUUAAUUAUUCUGGCAAAAAGGAAAAUAUUCGCUUUGGAAUGAUUGAAUAUAUGCCCAGCCCUACUAGCUACGAUUUCGAUGCGCCCAUCACCGAGGGUGGGGACCUAACCCCGAAAUAUUGGGCGAUCAGAGAUGUUAUCGGACAGUAUAAAAAGUUGCCUACCGGUGGUCCUCCUCAAAGCUCGAGAGAAGGCAAAGUUGGGUAUGGGACAAUAACACUGUACCCUGUAAACAAUGUGAUUUCCCUACUUUCGGAUAAGAAUUAUUUUCCUAAUGGUGCUCAGAAUUUUAAAUCGCCUCCUUCUUUCGAAAAAUUAGAUCACCCGUGGGGUUUUGUCCUUUACAAGCACUCAUGGACUCAUGCUGAUGCCAUAAAUGUGGAAUUUAUAAGUAAUGCAGUUAUUGAUACAAGCCAUGAAGAGAAUAAAUUUCUACGUUACAGACAUAGACUUAGAGACGAUAAAAAUUAUACCCUCGCUUUUAAAGCUGCGGGUUUGUACGAUAGAGCUCAGGUUAUGAUAGAUGGGAUAGUAGUAGGAAUAAUGGAUCGUAUGUCUAAUUCAUACACUCUUGAGUACAUAACCGAUGAAUGGCCAUUCCCAGUGAACACAAAUAUUCACAUACUCGUAGAAAACCAGGGGAGAAUAUGUUAUGGGCCUUUCAUGAACGAUAGCAAGGGAUUAGAAUCAUUCUCCAUUAAUGGCGACAAGCUUGUUGAUUGGGUUACAUAUCCACUAGAAUUUGACCAACUAACUAAAACAAUAACCGAUAAAGUCACACUGGAAAAUAACUCCACAAAUAAUUUAUUUCAUGGUGAUAUAGAAUUUAUAUCAAAUCAUCCCAAUAGCACACCAAACAAAUCAAAAGGACUUAUAUUGGGCAAAAGUAAAGAAAGGAAAUAUUUCGAGAACGAACAAAAGGAUACGACAGGAAACACUUGUCCUCCCACCUUCUACGCAGCUCAUUUUCAUUUACCCCCUAGCAUAGGUGAUACUCCUAACGAUACGUAUCUAGACCUUAAGAAUUGGAACAAGGGUCAAGUCUUUUUAAACAAUCACAACUUGGGUCGUUACUGGACCAACAAAGGGCCUCAACGCACGCUCUACGUUCCGGGCAUCUACCUUCAACCUUACCCUAAAUCAAACGUUUUAAUAAUUUUCGAGCUCGAGGCUAAGCCACCAUGCGAAUUUCCUUCUCAAAGUGCCAAAUUUGUCGAUAAACCGGUUAUCUUGAAAACUCAACAAUACUAUGGCCCCCCAAAAACACUACCCUCAUUUUCUAUUAAGCAUCUUCUUUCCGCAUCAUUUUGGGCUUCCUUAUUUAACAAAAUGAGAUUUUUUGCAAAAUUAUUAUACUCAUUUCUCUAUAAUUAUAUCUAAUAGAAUUAAAUAUUUUAUUUGUGAAUCUAUUUAACAAAAAAAAAUUUUUAAGUUAUUUUUAAAUUAAAAUAUUUUUUUCAGUGAUUGGUAUGAUUAUAUUUGGAAUAACACUUGGAUGACUUUUUUUAUUUAUUCUAUUUUUUUUAUUAGUUUUUAAAAUUUAAAUAAAACCACAAACAUAUAAUAAAUAUAUUAUAAUGAACUAGACUUGACAGAUUUUUUAUAAAGCUAUAUAUAUAUAUAAAAUAACAUCAGUCCUAUUUAUUGAAUCAUAAACCCAAUAUUUUUAGAUAAUAAUGUUAUGCCUUUCCCCCCAAUAUAUAAUGUAUAUCUAAUUUACCCAAUCCUUAGUUUAUUAGAUAAAAAAAAAUUAUAUGCUUUUUUAAUCAUCAUGUAUUAUAUUUAUAAUAUACUUUAAUUAUAUCACUAUAUAAAAUAUAAAUUAAAAUAAUGAUGUAUACAUU